AUGGUUUUAUUUUCUCACUCUCUGCUAACAAUUACACAUCUUCUGUUUUUAUCAGCUGUUGUACUAUGCCAAGUUACAGAAUUUAUUAGUGUAGAUUGUGGAGGCACAAGUAACUACACUGACCCAAGUACUGGAUUAGCAUGGAUCUCAGACCAGGGUACUAUGAAGUAUGGAAAAUCUGUAAUAGGAGAAAAUCCAAAUGGGAACCGGAUGCAGUAUCGGACACGCAGAGAUUUUCCCAUAGACAACAAGAAAUAUUGUUAUACUUUGAGCACAAAAGAGAGAAGGAGGUAUCUUGUUCGUGCAACAUUUCAAUAUGGAGGUUCGGAAAGUGUAGACUCAUAUCCGAAAUUUCAACUUUAUUUGGAUGCAACCCGGUGGUCAACUGUGACAGUGUUGGACGCUUCAAGAGUUUAUGUGAAUGAAAUGAUUAUCAGAGCACCCUCGGAUUCUAUUGAUGUGUGCAUAUGCUGUGCAAUUACUGGUUCUCCAUUCAUAUCCACUCUUGAGCUAAGGCCCUUGAAUCUUUCCAUGUAUGCCACGGAUUUUGAGGAUAGUUUUUUCUUAAAAGUAGCCGCUAGAGUUAACUUUGGUGCUUCAAGCAAGGAUGAUGUGAGGUACCCGGAUGAUCCUUAUGACAGAAUCUGGGAGUCAGAUCUUGAUAGAAGGCAAAAUUAUCUUGUUGGAGAGGCCCCUGGCACGGUGAGGAUCAGUACAUCAAAAGACAUAGAUGUAAGGACAAGAGAAUACCCUCCUGUUAAAGUAAUGCAAACUGCAGUUGUUGGCACAGAAGGUGUACUGAGCUAUAGAUUAAACCUUGAAGAUUUUCCAGCCAAUGCUCGUGCUUAUGCAUACUUUGCAGAAAUUGAAGACUUAGGUGCAAAUGAGACUCGAAAGUUCAAAUUGCAGCACCCUUACAUGCCUGACUAUAGCAAUGCAGUAGUAAAUAUUGCAGAGAAUGCUAAUGGGAGCUACACUCUUUAUGAACCCAGCUACAUGAAUGUAACUUUCAGUUUUAUCCUGUCAUUCGUUUUUGCUAAGACCCAAGAUUCUACUGAAGGACCACUCCUAAAUGCGAUAGAGAUCAAUAAAUACCAAAAGAUUGCUACCAAAACUGACUGGCAAGAUGUGACUGUACUUGAGGCUCUUCGAUCCAUGUCUGAUGGAAGUGAAUGGACAAAUGACAGAGGUGAUCCUUGUGUCCCGGCUCACUGGGAAUGGGUGACAUGUAGCUCAACUACUCCGCCAAGAAUUACAAAAAUUUCCUUGUCAGGAAAGAAUAUGAAGGGUGAAAUCCCAUCUGGCCUAAAUAGUAUGGAGGCAUUGACAGAGCUGUGGUUGGAUGGAAACUCUCUCACAGGGCAACUUCCUGAUAUGAGUAAUCUUAUCAAUCUGCAAAUUGUGCAUCUGGAGAACAACAAAUUAACUGGUUCAUUACCAUCAUACCUGGGUAGUUUGCCAAGCUUACAGGAAUUGCACAUAGAGAACAACUCUUUUAGUGGAGAUAUACCUCAAGCACUAUUAACUGGAAAAGUGAACUUUAAAUAUGAAAACAAUCCUCAAUUAAAUAACGGGGCACAGCAAAAGAGGCGUUUUAAGAUAAUACUUGGAACCUCAAUAGCAGUACUUGCAAUUCUCUUAGUUUUGUUAUUGGGAAGCUUAUUAUUGCUGCGUAACUUUAGGAGAAAAUUAUCUAAUCAAAAAAGUGUUGACAAAGGUGAUUCCUUGCCAAUUAGCGCAAAACCUUCAACUGCCUAUUCAAUAGCACGGGGUGGACCUUUUAUGGAUGAAGGUGUAGCAUACUAUAUUUCACUUUCUGAGCUAGAAAUAGCGACAGAACACUUUUCUAAGAAGAUUGGCCAAGGAAGUUUUGGUUCUGUUUACUAUGGAAAAAUGAAAGAUGGAAAAGAGAUUGCAGUCAAGACCAUGGCUGAUUCCUCCAGCCAUGCAACAAAGCAAUUUGUCACUGAGGUUGCUCUUCUGUCAAGAAUUCAUCAUAGAAACUUGGUUCCUUUGAUUGGAUACUGUGAAGAAGAAGAACAACGAAUUCUGGUUUAUGAGUAUAUGCACAAUGGAACCUUGCGGGACCGCAUACAUUGUUCUGUCAACCAGAAGCCUUUAGACUGGCUUGCUCGUCUACAAAUUGCAGAAGAUGCAGCUAAAGGGCUAGAGUACUUACACACUGGCUGCAACCCUGGGAUCAUUCAUCGAGAUGUUAAAACAAGCAAUAUUCUCCUAGACAUUAAUAUGAGAGCAAAAGUGUCAGAUUUUGGACUUUCAAGACAAACUGAAGAAGAUCUAACACAUAUAUCAAGCGUAGCACGAGGAACAGUAGGCUACCUGGAUCCUGAGUACUAUGCAAGUCAGCAAUUGACUGAAAAGAGUGAUGUUUAUAGCUUCGGGGUUGUUCUCCUAGAAUUGAUCUCUGGACGAAAGCCAGUCUCAGUGGAAGAUUUUGGUGCUGAAAUGAACAUCGUUCACUGGGCAAGAUCAUUGAUUCGGAAAGGAGAUGUGAUAAGCAUAGUAGAUCCUGUUCUGGUAGGAAAUGUGAAAAUGGAAUCCAUCUGGAGAAUAGCUGAAGUAGCAAUACAAUGUGUUGAACAACGUGGCUUCUCCAGGCCAAGGAUGCAGGAAAUAGAGUUAGCCAUACAAGAUGCAAUCAAGAUAGAAAAAGGAAGCGACCAAAAAAUAUCUUCUGGUAGUUCCAGGGGACAAUCUUCACGGAAAACUUUACUGACAAGCUUUCUUGAAAUUGAGAGUCCUGACGUUUCAAAUGGGUGCUUAGUCCCAUCUGCUAGAUAAUUUUGUACCAUCCCCACCAUCUCAACUCUACUUAAUUUGUACAUCUUUAUCAUAUGUUUAUGGAGAUUGGAACCGCAAGGUAUUACUUUUACUUCAUUUUAACAGGACAUUCACUUCUCUUUCACCUGCAAGCUUUUGUAAAAACAAACUACAAAUAUGUACAGGGUUACAUGUAUUCUGAUU